AUGGUUCGAUCCCACAAGCCGCGCGAGAAGAACCACUACAUGCCCUUCACCCCCGACACCCCCAUCUUCGACGAGAAGUUGGGCCGCUACGUCGAGGCCUCUCGCCGUGCCUCUUUCUCUCCUCCUGCUGCGUCCCCCACCCUUCCAUCUUCCUCUCCUACCUCCUCCCCUACCACCGGUGCCUCUGCCACUGGCACCAUCAACCUGGAUUCAACCAACACCACCGCCAACACCACCAAGGGCGAAGAAAUGAUGCCCUUUUACAAGGGCUACGACGCCUUCAUCCGCAAGAACAAGGACAAGGACAAGGCCCUGACCCCGGCCAUCUCUCACAAGAAGAGACCCUCAAAGGGCAAUGACGCCGUGCAGGCCCGCCUGAAGCAGCGGAAGAUCCAGACGCACCGGGAGGUCGCUGGUCUUCCCAACGCUGUUGCUCUUCGGCGUAGUUUGUCUGAUUUCCGCCGGAUUCACCCUUCUCGUGAUCAGGUGGGUCAGUUGAAGGGAUCGGCUCGGGAUGAUACCAUCGUCACUGCCACUAUUACGUCCACCAUCACUGAGUCCUCGUCCAGUGUGUUCCCUGCUGCGACGGACAUGACCGCCGAGCAUGGCCGGCAGCGCCGUUCGCGCCAGUCCUGA